AUGAAAGCGCUGAUCUUCGUGAUUCUUCUGGCAUCGCUUCCUUCCCGAACAUGGGCUGACAUCGACAAGGAUGAAAAGGAGAUCGAGAAACGAGCCGUUCUUCUUUUCAGCAAAGAGACAACAUGGAACUAUCCAUUGACGUUUGGGCAAGAAAUACCGAUUCACUACAAAAUCUACAAUACUGGAAAUAUCGAGGCGCGAGGAGUCCACUUGGAGGAACAAUGGGAGUCAGGUUUUGGAGAAAUUCGCUCCGGAAGUCUUUCGGCUUUCUUCCCAGUGAUUGCCCCAGGAGAAAAUGUCACCCAUACGCUUGUUUUUGUUCCGAAGCCAAAUGAUACGUUGAAGGAGGAAACCAUCAAGUUUUUCCGGAAUACUUCGUUCAUUGAAUACGUCAGCGACCCGGAGAAGCCAGAAGAUAUACACCGUGUUUGGAGUUCGAACCAUGCGAGUCGUUCUUUGGGAACUCAAAUGCUGUCUGAGCGUCAACUUGAAUUGAGCCCUACGCGCAAAACGCAGACGUGGGUGCUCUUCACCCUGUGGGUGACCGUCCUCAGCGCUUUUCCGUUCUACCUCUUCUGGAAAAACCAAAAACGCUCGUUAACUGUUCAAGAAUGGUACAAAAAAGAGCUUGGUCUACAUGAUCAUCGAAUUGUUCGGCAUAGGGCUUUUGAGACAACGACGGCAGCUGUUGUUCAAUUACCGAGAUUUGAAACUCAUCGUGAACUUUUUCAUGAUGACGAUCGGAUUCCCUAUCAACUUGGCUAUGAGCAUCCCAAUCCGUGGGUCGAAAAGAUCUUUAACAAGUAUGCAGCAAAAGUGCCCGAACCUGGAACAAAUGCAUUGGAUAUUGGUCGCCACAAAUAUACGCCAAAAGCACGUCCGUAU